GCCCUUUCACCAGGACGUAAUCAUGACGUCAAGUGUUGUUUACGGUGUGAUUGCUGCUACUACAAUGUUGCUUUUCUUGUGUUUUAAGAACCCUGCUUUCAUUGGCCACUCCAAACUAACAUGUUGAAAAUAUUUGCAAAGGAUUUUAAGCGGUGAUGCCUUGGUAAAAGGGCCAGACCUUCUUUACUUCAACUUGAGGAUAAUUUUAGGAGAAGAUGGCAACUGAACUUCAUGAAACCAUAUGUAUGGCAAAGCAAGAAAAACACAAAAACCUUUUUCUAAACUAUAAGAACUUGAACAAUUUUCCAGUUGAAUUGCUUAAAGAUGAAGGCCUUCAAUUUCUCGAGAGACUGUAUAUGAAGAGGAAUUCACUUACUACACUGCCUGAUAAUCUUGCACAGAAACUUCCAAAUCUAAUUGAACUAUAUUUACACUCAAACAAUAUAGUUAUCAUCCCAGAAGCAAUUGGAAACUUGGCAAGACUGCAGUCACUGGAUUUGAGCAACAAUGCCCUUCAGAUGCUUUGCCCAGAAAUUGGCCGAUUGAGAUCUUUAAGGCAUCUGCGACUAUCCAAUAACCAGUUAAAAUGCCUUCCUUCAGAGAUAGGUGACCUACAGGAACUUGAGACUCUGGAUGUAUCCAUGAACCAACUUAUCGCUUUGCCUGAAAAACUGCACCAUUGCCUGUCACUUCAGAAUCUCACAGCAGACCACAACCACCUAAGACAUGUUCCCCGGCAGCUCUGCUGGCUGCAUCGCCUCAACCAGCUUUCAAUGGCUGCUAACAGACUCAACUUUCUUCCACUUGAUUUAGGCCGGUCCCGGGAACUGCAGUUUGUGUUUGUUGACCACAAUUCCGAUCUGAAAGGCCUUCCAUCCUACCUUUACAACAAGGUUAUUGGCUGCAGCGGGUGUGGAGUUUCCUCUCAAGUACAGGAAGAAGGUGCAAACGAUACACUGGGAGCACUACCAGCUGAAGUAAAGAUUGUAGGCUCAAGGUCAAGCACUGUGGUUCCCUUGGAAGAGCUUGCUUUACGGACCUUACACCGCGUCUACCACCAUAGGUUAUCAGAUUUGCACCUUCUUCCUAACAUCACAUUGCCCAAGACUUUGCUGGACCUGCUGCAGUUUCCCCUGGGCCACUGUCACCGCUGCAGCCAAGCCAUGUUCACCAUCAUCUACCCCAAACUGUUCCCCCUCAGAGAUACAGCACUGGCAGGGGUGCAUCGAAGGACAACGGUGAGCUUUGUGGCCUAUUGCUGUUCUAGUCCUUGCCUUCGGACCUUUGACCUUCAGGGAUGACCUAAUUUACUUUCAAGAGAGAUACUGCUCUGAAAAAUGACUCCCACUGGAACAUAACAAAUGAAGAUAUUUGUCCUAUGUGGCAGUUUGCAAGAUCAGACUUUGGACGCUACCAUUUCUAACAAAUAAAACCGUAAUUCAUAAGUUAACCAGAAAAAUAUACUAGACCAUUAUUUAAUUGGAUCAGUGCUAUUAAAGAUACCUAAUACAUAAUAUGACAUUUUUCUUCACAUAAUGAAUAUUCCACAAGCAUGUAAUAACAUUAAAUGCAUUUUAUAUUGAGGAGUUUGUUGCUCAGAUAUUACCAUUUUUAAAAGUAAGAUGCUUCAAAACAAUCAUUGAAAAUAAUUUGUUUCAAACCUGACAGCAUUUUUAUUUGCACUGAAUCAAUAUGGAUAUUUGUGACUUUAGAGACAGAAAUGUUUUUUUGUUUUUUUUUAAUGACAUUGAAAGAGAGGUCAGUGAUGACAGAAGGCUAUUGCUUUGUUUUAUAACUGAAGUCUAUUAGGAUUUGUACUGUGGUAAGUUAUCAUAUGUGUUGGUUGACUGAGGUAAAAUUUUACCAAUAUUCCACUGUGUUUGUUAUUAUUGUUAUUAUUAAGUUAAAGGUGCUCUAUGGAUGUUAGUGAUUUGCCUGAAAUGUUCUUUAAUAUGGCAUUAAAGUUAUUUAUUUAGCUUUUAUUUC